UUGUGAGAGUGAGAAGUCCAGGCAUUGCUUUUUUUGCUGAAUGAAGAUACACAUUCGAUGCCUUCGAUCAAGUGGAAGGGCACUAAAUGUGUUUGUAGGCCAACUUUGUUCUAAAUGCACAAGACAAGAUGAUACUUCUACUAUGCAAAGCCAGACCACUGCUACCACAUGUAUACAUGGGUUGUUCACAGCGUCCGGUAAAGAUGAAUCCACAGCUGUAGCCGAAGUUGCUGCUGCUGAUGGAAAUACAGAAGUGUCCAAUGUCCAGUUGAAAGAGAAGUCAGUUAUCGGUUUUGAUCCUCCUAGGAAGCCGAGUAAAAGACAUAGACUCAAAAUCUGGAUCAGCACUCGGCACAGCGGCGUGAUUGGACGAUAUGGUAAUAAAACGGAAUCAGGUAUCUUCAGUGGGGCGAAGCGGUUCUCAUCUGAACAUUCGAAUGCUGGAUGGCCCGAUUGGCUUGUGAAUGUGGCACCUGAAGCAGUGCAAGGCUGGGCCCCCCGGCGAGUAGAUUCAUUUGAGAAAAUAAGCAAGAUUGGACAAGGAACUUAUAGCAGUGUUUACAAAGCUCGGGAUAUUAAAACAGGCAAGGUUGUUGCGCUUAAGAAGGUGCGAUUUGUCAAUUCGGAUCCUGAAAGUGUGCGCUUUAUGGCCCGAGAAAUAUGUAUUCUUCGGAAACUCAAUCAUCCUAAUGUUAUAAAACUGGAAGGGAUAGUAACAUCUCCUGUUUCAGAAUGCCUGUAUCUUGUCUUUGAAUACAUGGAACAUGACCUUGUUGGCCUUGCUGCAACUCUAGACCUCAAGUUCACCGAGUCACAGGUCAAGUGCUUGUUGCAACAGAUACUUAGUGGCCUUGAUCAUUGCCACAGCAUUGGAGUUCUUCAUCGUGACAUGAAGGGCGCCAACCUCUUGAUUGAUAGCAAUGGUUUUUUGAAGAUUGCUGACUUUGGUCUAGCAACACUUUAUGAUCCUGGGAGUCAGCAACCAAUGACAAGCCGUGUUGCAACAUUGUGGUACAGACCACCAGAACUUCUGCUUGGCGCUACCAGGUACAGUGCUGCUGUGGACAUGUGGAGCACAGGGUGUAUUUUUGCGGAGUUGCUGACUGGCAAGCCAAUCAUGCCAGGCAGAACAGAGGUGGAACAAAUUCACAGGAUUUUUAAGCUCUGCGGAUCACCUUCUGAUGAGUACUGGCAGAAACUGGAAGUGCCCCCAACAGGGAUGUUCAAGCCCCACCGCCAGUAUAAACGGUGCAUUGCUGAGAAUUUCAAAGAUUUGCCUCCAGAAGCUCUAGUUCUUUUAGACAACUUGCUUGCAUUCGAGCCAGAAGCUCGUGGAACAGCUGCUUCUACUCUUCAGAGUGACUUUUUCAGAACGGAGCCACUUGCUUGCAGCCCUUCAUGCUUACCAAAGUGUCCACCGAGCAAAGAAUACGAUGCUAGACUCCGGCAAGAGGAAGCUAAGAGGCAAAGGAAGGCAGAAUCUGUUAGACCAGGAAUCGGAAGUCCUACAGAAAACCACACUGCAUAUGGUCCCAUUAAAUCAAAGAGACUUGUUACCAACACAAAGUUCAAUAAUACAAAUCUCAAUCCAAAGGAUGAUCCACCGGCAUUGGUUAAUGAGGCGCAACCUCUAGAAUUUGAUUCCACGUGGAACAAGGGGGGCAACAGUUAUACUACCCAUCAUGAAGUACCUGAACGCAAAUACAGAUCUGCGCGGGUGGCGAAUUCUAUUGUUUCAAGGACAAGUGAGUCGGACUUGCUUCAACCUGAAUCGACUGAUGUAAGGAAUGGUAUGCCUGCUGCUCGCAACAAAGACAUGGGAGCAAAAGGCCCGAUGACGAAUCACAAGGGUAUGAGCAAAAGAAUCCACUACUCUGGUUCAAUAAUUACAAAAGAUGGAAACAUGGAGGAUAUACUCAGGGAACAUGAACGUAAUAUUCAAGAAGCAGUGCGCAAAUCACGCGGUCCGACAAGAACGGAGAGUUGUAAAAGAGAUGAGUGA